AAAUUAGAAAAAAAAGCAGCCUGUGCAUUUCUUUGCAGUUGCUAAUUGUAACAUUAUAUGAUUGUUAUUGCAUUGUUUAGCUGUUUUCCUUUUGCAAAUCUCAAUAAUCUGGUUUAUUGCGUGCGUUGAGGCAGUCUCGAAAGCUAGCUUACUCUGAAUGCAGCUAAAGGAAGGAAAAGCUUUCAAUCUAACGACUGUCAUCGGAAAAAACAUCCACAUUUAUCCGGAGUUUUUCUUCAACUUUUGAAUUCGGUGUACAGCGGCCAUGAGCACCGAGCAGCUGCGGUACGAGCUCCUGGCGGAGGUCGGAGAAGGCUCCUUCGGGAGGGUUUACAAAGCCAGAGAGAUCGGGGAGAAACAGCGCCUCCUGGCGGUGAAGAAGCUGAACUUUAGCUUGGACUCGGCAAAAGCCGGAAUCCCUCCCUUCAUGAUCCGGGAGGUGGCGCUGUUGAAAAAGAUGGGCUACUUCAACCAUCCCAACAUAGUCAAACUUUUAGAUGCAUCUGCUGUCCCGGUGGGCUCCACUCUGGACCUCACUCUCGUGCUGGAGUACAUUGAUCAGGACCUGUCCACCUACCUGUCAAAGGUUCCCGCUCCUGGUUUGAGCCGUAACUGCAUAAAGGAUGUGAUGCAGCAGCUGCUGCGGGGGCUGGACUUCCUGCACACAAACCUUGUUCUGCACCGGGACUUGAAACCAGAGAACGUCCUGGUCAGCAGCCGUGGAGAAAUCAAGAUCGCAGACUUUGGUCUGGCGAGGAUCCACACCUUUAACAUCGCUCUCACUCCGGGGGUGGUGACUCUGUGGUACCGAGCUCCAGAGGUGCUGCUCAACUCUGUUUACAUGUCCUCUGUGGACAUGUGGAGCGCUGGCUGCAUCUUUGCUGAGCUCUUCCUGCUGAGACCGUUGUUUAAGGGCUUCACAGAGGUGCAGCAGCUGCAGAAAAUAUUUGAGGUGAUCGGUUUGCCCAGCGAGGAGGAGUGGCCUCAGGACAGCCCGAUCUCGUACUCAGGGAGCUGGGGGGCUCCCGGCUCCUGCACCCAGCUGCUGCCCAACCUGGACCCAGACGAGAACGACCUGCUUUCUAAAUGUUUGGUAUUCAGCCCGAGUCGCCGCGUCUCCGCCGCCAAAGCCCUGGCUCAUCAUUUCUUUGUGAAGCACUGAGGAGACGGAAGGAGCAGGAGGAGGAAGACGCCAGCUGCUUCUCUGAGAUUCUGCGCCGUCAAGCCCAGCAUCCAUUUCUUCUCAUAGGCUGGUUUGUUAAUCAGCUGUGAAAACUUCAAUUCUUCAGCAUCAUGAGAGGCUUUAAUGUGGGGUUCAAUGUGUGGGAUGCGCUUGACUUGUGGAAGAAUUCAGGAGUUGUUUUGAAAACUUAAACUGUGGUUUCCUUUCUGAGUUUUAGUUCUUAAAUGAACAGAAGAACAGAAAGUUGUUCCUUUAGUUAAAGAUUUGUGUGUCGGUUGGGUUCCUGCUGAAUGUAAAAGCUAUUUUGUUAUUGCUGGGGGUUGAUUUCGGAAAAAGAAUUUCAAUUUUAAGAAGUAUACGUUUUUGUGAGCAAGUUUAAGUUGAUUGAAGUAUAUUUUUGGAAACGAAGGAAAAAGCUCAGGUCUUUAUGUUUUGUUUCUGAGAGGGUAUUUAUGGGGUAAAAAGCACAGAUUACCCCUGUAUUUAAUUUUUGUAUCGACAGAUUGUAAAAAUAUUUUUCUACAAGUUGCACUGUUCUAAAAAAAUGUUUUUAAAAACAUCUUUUGUUUGGUUUUUUCAAAUGCAGAAACUUCAGAGUGUGAAAGAAAGGGGGCGCUGCGGAAGUAGUUAUGACAUUUAAGUCUUUCAUUUCCCCUAAUUCAACCAUAACUCAGUCAAAUCCGGAUAAAUAACAUCUUUGUCUUGAAAUUCUUUUCGAUUUUACAUGAUCUAAUAUAAAGUUGGACAUUUUUAGUUUCUUGCAGUUUUUGAGAUCUUUUUGAAAUCGUAACUAUUUGUGGUUGAAGGUUCAUGUCUGUCUGCAAAACCUGGAUUGGUAAAAAAAAACAACCUACAAUUAUAUAUAUUUUUAAGACAUGUUAUUUUGAAAUCUAUCUCAUAGAACCCAAUUUCCUGCCCUUGGGAAUCCAAAUGUCCCUCACUAUAUUUAAAGUUCAAAGGAGGAUUUUUUAAAUAACUUUAUGGAUCAAUUGCUUCUCUUUUAUGUUUUAUUUACAGCUUA